GCCGGGCCCCUUGGAUGCCGCCGAGAUGGGCAAGGUGCUGUCCAAGAUCUUCGGCAACAAGGAGAUGCGGAUCCUGAUGCUGGGUCUGGACGCGGCCGGUAAAACCACCAUCCUGUACAAACUGAAGCUGGGCCAGUCGGUCACCACCAUCCCCACCGUGGGCUUCAACGUGGAGACGGUGACUUACAAAAACGUCAAGUUCAACGUGUGGGAUGUCGGGGGCCAGGACAAGAUCCGUCCCCUCUGGAGGCACUACUACACGGGCACGCAAGGGUUGAUCUUUGUGGUGGACUGCGCCGAUCGCGACCGCAUCGACGAGGCCCGCCAGGAGCUCCACCGCAUCAUCAACGACAGGGAGAUGCGGGACGCCAUCAUCCUCAUCUUCGCCAACAAGCAGGACCUGCCCGAUGCCAUGAAACCCCAUGAAAUCCAGGAGAAACUGGGCCUGACCCGAAUCAGGGAUAGGAAUUGGUACGUGCAGCCCUCCUGUGCUACUACAGGGGAUGGACUCUACGAAGGGCUGACAUGGUUAACAUCCAAUUAUAAAUCCUAAUGAGAGAAUAACUAUUUAGUCUACAAAGAAUUAAAAAAAAAAUAACCCACAUGGCUUUCCAGACGAAUGAUUCUCUACUGAAAAGUAAAACAAAAGCAUCCAUAGGAUUAUGAUCACCUUUCUCCAGUUACCACCCUUUCGUUCUACACACUGACUGGAUUCCUGUUUUAACUCUCCUUGCUUGGCGUUAGGAUGCUCUAAUCUUCAAACGUGACACGAACACAAGCACUAGAUGCUAUGGCAGACCUCCAGCAAACAGGGGAAAGACACAUUGUAGACUUGCUAAGUAACUUUUUUUUUUCCUCUUGAUAGCCUUUAAGAUGGUUUGAUUAUUUUGGGGGAUGGUUGGGGGAGGGGUACCAUUUUCAGCGUAUGCUUUCUGGUUCUACUUUUUUGAUUACGUUUUUUUCUUCUAUCACUUGCUGUAGAUUGCUACUUUUUUGCAUCCAUGCAGAAUAUGUUGAUAGGUCUACUUCAUCUAGUAAACGGAAAACUAUUGCUUAAAAUCAAACUGCAGUCUGUCUUUUUAUAUUAAGGACUUUUUUAAAAGUUCUGUUAAUCUGUAACUAAAUAGUGACUCUCAGUCUGUCUUCAUAUCUCAGACUAAUAAUGAAACGAAAUCUUGCCUACAGUGGCAGAUAGUGAGAAUACCAUUGUAAUAUGUUCAAAGUGCAUAUCAGGCAUAAUGUUAACUAGGUAAUGUAAGAACUGCUUUGAAAUGUCAGCUGUGAAGUUCUGAACCAUACAUCAUGCAUGAGAAGGGAUGCAAGUAAGUUCCCCAUACUACAUAGCAACCAUAUAGCAAAUACAACAUGAAUGAUGUAGUAGUUCCAGGGUAUAUACUGUUCAGUUUUUGUCUUGCAUUGCAAACUUAAUGAUGUUUAGCUGCAGUUUUUAUUACUUGUGUCAGUCUCCAAUUCAACGCAAGGUAUGUUCCUUCCAAAAAAAUGCAGCAAUAACGUGUAACCAUUGCGACAAGUUUUAAUUUAAAUCACAAACGUUUAGGCAAAAAUCUAGCACUGACUUUACUGUCUUGCGAUAAAGAAAAGUUGCUUUCAUCUCAAGACACUUGAAGACAUCUUUUAAACCUUAAAAGGAUUUAUUUUCGUUACUUCUGAAAUGCAUGUAUUGGAGAAAGGAGAACCAGAACCCUAUUUUUCCAUUUUGUAGACUCCCGAAUGGGCAAGUUCAGCGCGAAGCUUUAACAGAGCUCAGUAAUUCUGACAUGUGAAUGAUUGCCAUUUUGAGGAAAUCACUUACUGGUUUAGUUCUGCAAGACUAGACUUAACUCAUACAAAUAGUUGCAGUCUUCGCCAUCUGUCUCGGUAGCAUGUUGUUGCUGUAGUCCUGUAUGAAAGGAACUAUGUUGGAUGUCUGAAGCCCAUUGAGUAACUAUUAAUGAGAACGGGAGGAGAGAGUGAGGAAGACGACUAUGAAUGUAAACUUCCAUAACUAGUUCUUAAAGGGCAAGCAGCUCAUUUGCCAUGUCACAGUUUUCAGAUGUGACUGGCAAAAAAAACCCACCCAAAGCAAGUAUUUGUAUUAGUAUAAAAUCUCAGUCAAGUAUUAAUACUGGGUGCAAAAAAUGUAAAGCAGCUGGUUCUUAUUCAGCCUUAAGGAUUAACUUCAGAUUUCCUCAAGGAGUUAAAAUUCAAUUGGGGAAUUCUAGGAAUGUAUGCUACAAAACCAGAAGAAAAUGGCUUUCUUUUUUUUUUUCCUUCCUUUUCCAAGGUUAUGAGUUUUACAUGAAAUUGGGGCAUUACACUACAUUUCUGCAGUGUUUACUCUGCAUGCUAAAUGCAUUGUGUAUGGAGCUCUUACCAAAGACAUAUGGGAAGAUAAAAAUGCUGAAUUCACUUCUGAAUUUGUAUGCUUUGGACCACUUACAAAUUACCUUAGAGCAUGGUUCCGAAAGAAGACUUAUCUUGAUGUGGGUUGCAAAUGGGAUUGAAUGGGUUCUUGAUACUAGAAGAUAGAGCACUGAUUGAUUAUAAACCUGUGCAAGUUAAAGAUAAGAGUCUGGAAAAACAAGCUUCACGUACAGUACAAAAGCUCUUAAAUCUCAGUCCUGAAGAAGAGGAGGUGAGGCUUUUCACUUAAGUCUUUUUGCCAUUGGAAUAUCAUUGCUCUAUUUUCUAGGGUUUUUUUUUUUUUUAUAAGCGUAAGAAUUCUUUUUUCUGUUGAUGUAACUUAACAAAUAGCGUGGUAGUAUAAAGACUAAAAAUAUAAGAAUAUGGUUAUUGUUUUCUUCUGGAGCAUAAAUAAAAUAGCCAAGCACAAAGUAAAUGCCUAAACUGGAAAACUUGAAGGUCUAUUAAUGGUUCUUGAACUUUCUUAAAUCUAUUCUCAGUCAAAAUGAAAACUUAAAUAACUUCAUUUUCAGUCUAAGUUGGUUUACUGUUUUUUUUUUCCUCUUCAAAUGCUGGGGCAGACUUCUUUGCUAGACUUUGCAUUAAGUUGAAUUCACAAUUUUUUAUUUCCUUAGUAACUUUGUUACUUUAGAUAUUCUGUUUUUGUAGGUGAAAGGAAACUGAUUAUGCUUCUGUUUUUUUGUUUAUGUCUUUUUUUGGGAGAAAAAAGUUACUGAAACAUGUGGCAGAGACUUCAAAAAUAAAAGGCCAUUGCUACUGAACAAAAUACAGUUUUCACUUUCAACAUGUCCUUUAUAGGUUAUAGCUGAACCUCACCUUGAACUAGUGGCUAUGAGGCAGUAAACAUAGCCUGUAGGAUAAAGUGGCAAUCUGUAAGAAAUCCAAUGAUUUAAAAACUAAUCUGAAGUUUAAGUGCAUCAAUUUGUGUUCAUGUGAAUUUAUGGAGUAAGUUUUGAAUGGCGUUAAUCGUGUCCGAUAAGUGAAUGAGUUUGUAGACUGUGAUCUCCCUGACUAAAGUAAACAGGAAUUUUGUGUUCUCAAUAUGGCUGUAGUGUUGGUAAAGAACUAAUAAGCAGAAAAUAAAGCAAUUACACAGUGGA